CGUGUUAACUAGCCUGCUCUAACGCUACAUGUACCAGUACCGGUACCUGUACCGGUAGAUCUAGGUAAUCGCGGGAGCAAGCAAUCCGACCGUUGGAUCUUUGAUAUCUGAUCCAAGCAUUGGCAAGAAGAGAACCCUCUCCCAUUUUUUUUGAGGAGGAAGAUAAAAACAAACACCAGCCACACCUCGUGUCGAAGCAAUAAUCAAUAAGAGAAACAAAGAAACAUCAACAAUGACGGUAGUGACGGACGCGAAGAUUCUGACAGUGGACACUGUGCCAACGUACUUGGCAUCGUCUCACAGCGACAAGCUGGAGUCGAUUUUUGGCUGCGGUUCUCCCAAAUUGACUGCCAAGGCGAUUCAAGGCGGCAAUGUGAACUACGCCUUUUGCGUGACGGACGAAGCGUCCUCCAAGACGGUCUUUCUCAAGCAGGCUCCUGAAUUUGUGGCUAUUUUCGGACCCGAUGGAUUCCCGUUGACCAGUGCUCGCAUGCAGCAAGAAAUGGACGUUUAUGCCGAAUGGAAAACUCUGCUGGGAGACGAAUUGGCUACCAGGUAUUUGCCCAAAAUACACUUUUUUGACAAAUCGUACAUGGUGGUGGUGAUGGAAUUUUUGGAAGGCUACGAAUUGUUGGAUCACGUGUUGGUGUCGGAAGAAUGCAACGUGCAUGCCAAUGUGGCCACUUACCUGGGUGAUUUCAUGGGACGGACUCAUGCAGCGACGCAUUCGUCCAAGGUGGAUGCCGAACGAAAGGCAUACUUGGUGGAUCACUACGAAAAUCGAGCCAUGCGAGACAUUCAACUCGAAUUUGUCUUUACCAAGUGCUUCAAAGAAGCCACCGAUGAGCAACGGGCUGGGCUGACAUUGACUCCGGAAUUCAUGGAACAAGUUGAAAUGAUGAAACAGCAGUACGAUGGGAAAACGGAUUCACUCGUUCUCAGUCACGGUGAUAUUCAUCCGGGAUCCGUCAUGGUCAAUUGCAAAGAUGGAGAAACCAAAGUCAUUGAUCCGGAAUUUACAGUGUAUGGACCACCUGGAUUGGAUGUGGGCAGUUUGUUGUCUGGAUUUGUAUUGGGAGCCAUUCAUCAGGCAUUCUCCAACAAUCCAAAGGCGGUAGAAGCCAUUGUGGAGGGAACCAAGGCUGUCUGGGGCGCCUACGUGAAAGCCAUGAAAGACGGUGGCAUCUCCGACGACAUUAUUAAAUCCAUCGAAAUUGAAACGGUGGGAUUCACAUUGCAAGAAGUCUGUCGAACGGCACUCGAGUUUGCAGGAGGACGCAAAUGGUUGCAAUUCGAAGAUCCAGACACGAAAUUGGCCGCCAAAAAGGCAGCAUUGGCGGUCGUCGACAAGUGCAUGAUUGCUCGUCAUGAAGGAGGAAUGCCUCUCUUGUUGAAGGAAAUGCAAGCUGUGGCCACCAAAUAAUCAAAUAUACCAACCAACCAAUCAACCAACCACUACAAUAUACAGACAAACAUACGACAGAAGUGACUACGAUGAUGCCGGUGAACUCCAUGCCAGUUGUUAAGGAUUGAAUGCAGGGUAUUCAGUAUGAUAUAUCAUAGUAGCAUGACUUGGAAUUGAGUGUCAACCUACAUGUAGCCACUAAUCAGCAGAGGAAAGCGUGACAUUGAGAUU